AUGGCUGGCGACAUUACCUCGGCUGAGGGGCCGUCGGCACAGGACCACAAGUCGACCGUCUCGCGAGACAGCAGCUUGCUAGACCAAGGCGUCGAGAUCGAUGCGGCUUCUGAGAAGCGCCUCGUCCGUAAGCUCGACCGCAGACUGGUCCUGCUUGCCUUCUUGUGCUACAUGUCCGCCUUUCUCGACCGCUCAAAUAUUGGAAACGCUGAGACCGCCGGCAUGAGUGAGGACCUCGGUUUUGACAACGACCAGUAUCAGUGGCUUCUCACAAUAUUCUAUAUUCCCUACAUCGUCUUUGAGUGGCUCGCGCUGAUGUGGAAGAUCCUGCCGCCGCACAUAUGGGCGUUCGCAACCGUCUUCGUCUGGGGCGUGGCGUCCAUGCUCCAGGCCGCCGCCUUCAACUGGCAAGGCCUGAUGGCGUGCCGCUUCUUCCUAGCCACGGCAGAGGCAGGCUUCGGUCCUGGUAUGCCCUACCUUUUCUCCUUCUUCUACACCAGGAGAGAGCUAGGAUUCCGUUGCGGUCUUUUCCUCUCCGCCGCGCCCCUGGCGACGACGUUUGCCGGCGCCCUUGCAUACGGCAUCACCUCGAGCCACUACAGCAUCGCCAGCUGGCGGCUGCUCUUCAUCAUCGAGGCCAUCCCGCCCAUCAUCCUCUCCUUCGUCGUCUUCCGCUUCCUGCCCGACUCGGCGGCCAGCGCCAAGUUCCUCACCGAGGAGGAGAAAGCCAUCGCGGCCACCCGCGCCCUCAGCUACUCGGGCCACGAGACCGGCACCGCCCAGGGCCACAAGGUCGGCAGCAUCAACCCGCGCGACAUCAUCGAGACGCUCAAGACGCCGCAGGCGUGGGUGCAGGCGCUCAUGUACUUCAGCUGCAACGUGGCCUUCGCGUCGCUGCCCGUCUUCCUGCCGGCCAUCCUGACGGGCAUGGGCUUCACCAGCGUCAACGCGCAGGGCCUGACGGCGCCGCCGUACUUCCUGGCCUUCUUGGUGUGCAUUGGGUCGACGUACGUCGGCGACCGCACGCAGCAGCGCGGGAUCAUGAUCGGCUUGCUGUCGCUGGUCGGGUGCGCGGGAUACGUGAUGCUGGCCGCGUCGCAUUCUGUUGGCGUGCGGUACGCUGGCGUCUUCCUGGCCGCCGCGGGAGUGUUCCCCGCCAUCGCCAAUAUCCUGUCCUGGCUGCUUAACAACCAGCGUAGCGACACGCGCCGCGGCGUCGGCAUUGCCGUCAUGAACAUCAUCGGCCAGUGCGGUCCGCUUCUCGGCACCCGCGUCUUCCCCAAGGUCGAGGGGCCCUACUAUACCAAAGGCAUGGCCGUCUGCGCCGCCUUCAUGGCCUUCAACGCGGUGCUGUCCUUUGGCUUGAGGACAUACUUCAAAGUGCAGAACGACCGGUGGGACAAGGCUGCGCGGGAGGCAGCGGGAGGGUCUGAGAAGGACGUGGGCGGUGCCGAGGGAACCAGUAAGAAGCACCUGGAGACGGCCGCUGGGGCAGAGAUUGUGGGCUUGGAGAACUCGUCGGAAUGGAGAUACGCGCUAUGA